CGGGCUCCAGGGGCCUAGCAGCCUCUUCUUCCGGGCGUCCCGGGCUGCCCUCACUCUCAGUCCCCGCCGUCUCAUUUGCCGCCUUCCGACGCGUGACCCCGUCGCGCUCGCGUCCCAGACCGGUGACAGGCGCAGGGUGCGCCAAGCGGUCCCAUGUGCCCCUUCCCUCUCGCGGCCGCUGCAGUCACCGCGCCCCGAACCCCACUCCGGCUCCUGGGCAGAAGGCUCGCCGCUGCCAUGUCUACCGCCAGGCCACUCAAAUCCGUGGACUAUGAAGUGUUCGGGAGAGUGCAGGGUGUUUGCUUCAGAAUGUACACUGAAGAUGAAGCUAGGAAAAUAGGAGUGGUUGGCUGGGUGAAGAAUACCAGCAAAGGCACUGUGACAGGCCAAGUGCAAGGCCCUGAAGAGAAAGUCAAUUCCAUAUGUAUUUCUUCACUUCUUAAGAAUGAAGCGAGGAAUGUUUGCUGGCUUCCAGGGAGCCUCCUACAGAGAGUUGUCUCCAAGGAUAUUGAUACUUGUUAGUAGAUUGUGACUCUUGGUUCCAUCAACAACAACGCUACACUAUAGAGUAUGUCUUGUAUGGUUAAAAUAACUAUAUUAAGACAUUUGUUUGAAUAAGACUGGAAUAAAAAAAGAAAAUGACCUUCAUUUGGCAGACAUUGAGCCACCCAGUUGUGACAGGCAUUGAUGCCAUCCUGUCUACAGAAGCUGACAGUUUAGCCAAAAAUGAAAGCAAUUAUCUUUGGUAUAGUGACCGUUACAAAGAGGGUUCCUUUUGCUGAUGGUAUCCAUUUCUGGCCAUCUGCAGAUGGCCUGUCACUUUGAGCUUCGAAUUUGGAGAAUGAAGAAGAUACAAGGAUGCAGGGAAUGUUACUCUGAAAUAAAAAAGGAAAAUUUAAGCUGCCUAUUGAGAACCAUGGUACUAUACUCUUUUCUCUUUAAUAAAAAAAAAAAAAAACUAAUGUAUGUCAUAACACAGAG